AUGGCGACCCGUGCUUCGUCCCCGCCUCUACCCGUGAAUCCGACCAGCGACUCUGAUUAUGGCAGCGACCUGGAUAGCGAGCUAGUGCUCGAGGUCCUCUCCGGUCUAGAAACCGCGCCUGUUGCGUCCUUGGCCUUGGAAAGCCUCGAGGACGAUGCGCCUCACACUGCCGCCGUCCGCCUUGCGGUCCUGCCCUCGUCGAACCCAGGCGGCGAGUCGCCGUCACAUAUCAAGAUCGGCUGCAGCUCAGGCUCAAGGAACUCUGCCCGGGAAGAGAACGUCGUUGAGCGUCCUGUGGUGGUGGAGGUCGAGCGCAAUCGCCCCGACGAGAGGUCUCCGCUGGAGCGCUUUCGAACCCCGCCCAAGAAGCCGCUUUCCGUCACGGACAUUGUUUCUCCAGCAUGGUGCGAGCUGCAGUACUGGUACACGCUGACGAAGCACGGUCGAAAGAGACAGACCCCUGCCAUGAAGCAAGGCUCCAAGGUCCACAAGAAGCUCGAGGAUCAGGUUCACACAACCGUCCAGGUCACGGUCCAGUCGAGAGAAGAUGCCUGGGGUCUGAAAAUCUGGAACAUCAUCCAGGGCUUGCGAACUUUGAGACAGACGGGCCACACGCGCGAGCUCGAAGUGUGGGGGGUCAUCGACGGCCAAGUCGUAAACGGUAUCAUCGACGAACUGUCGUACACGUGCCCAGAUGAGGGGCUGGAGGAACUCGCUCUCGCUCGGCUCAACAGGCUGAAAAGCCGGCCUCCAGACCAGACGGCGAUCUCGCAGUUCUUCCAGCCUCAAGGAGCGGUAGACCUCGGCGAGCCGCAUACGCAGAGCAAGGUCUGGAUAACUGAUGUCAAGACCCGAGGCACCAAGACCCUUCCUCAAGGCUCGUCGAUGAGACCCACAAUCAUGCAGCUGAUGAUGUACCGCAAGCUCCUGGUAGACCUGGCAGCCGGCUUGGUCGACGCGGAAGUCAUUUUCAAACGUUAUCGACUCCGAUCGAACGAAAGGUUCACGGACGCCUUUGUGGCAGAAGUCGGCGGCGUGGGCUUCGGUUCCCAAGGUAGCCCGUCCGACGGUCGCGAUGCGCUUUCCAGCAGCCAGCAAGAUGCCUUGUCGGAGUUGUUGGCUCACAAUUCGCUUACACAGCUCUGGGGCUUGAUGAUCCAAGAGUUUCGCAGGACCAUUUCAGGGAUCGGUCAAGUUCUCCGGGCAGAGUUUCGCCACCAGCAAACCGGCGACGUCCUCGGAUCGAAGACGCUCGUCUAUGAGGAGAGCACGCUCGACGGCUAUCUCGCCGAAGAGAUGGAGUGGUGGCGCGGCAAGCGGAAAGCAAGAGGCGUCGAUAUUGAAGAAGCGUUCAAAUGUCGCAUCUGCGAAUUUGCAGAAGAGUGCGAGUGGCGUAUAGAGAAGGUUGAAGAAAUCACGAAAAGACAACCUAAGAAAAGAGGAUCUAGGUCGAAAUCGGCGGUCUAA